UAGGUGGUUUAGUGAUAUUCCCACAACAGUUGAACACGUCCAUACGUUUGAUUACAACGUCCAUAAAAUUAUUCACACUUUGGCUGUAACCUCUCAGAAAUAUUUUAAAAAAAUCCCAAAAAAUGAUCAUCAGUGUUAACAUCGACGUCGAUUCGGCUCUAUUUUAUGGAUUAAUAUUCACUGUCACCCUCCUCAUUUUCUACGUAUGUUUCGACUUAAACUAUUUUUUAACAAACAUGUUCCUCAUCACUUGGUGCAAAAUUCGGCGCAAACGAGUGAAAAUCGACGAAACAACCGAAUAUUACGGUGUGUGUACAACUAAUGACUUGGAUAUUUAUUUCCAACACAUGAACAAUGCGCGCUACAUCCGAGAGCUGGACUUUGCUCGAUUCCACUUUUACCAAAGAACUGGAAUUUAUGAAAUUUUGUUAAAGUCGGAUGGUUUAGUCUUGCAAACAGCAUGUCAUGUUAGAUACAGAAGAACAAUUCCGUUCCUUACUCCGUACAAAAUAACCACGAAAGUAAUUUACUGGGAUGAGAAGAACAUUUAUUUAGAACACCAGUUUGUCACACUGAGUGAUGGUUUCAUAACAACAGUAAUAUUAUGCAAGCAAGCAAUACUAGGUGUGAAUGUGAUAGAAAUGAUGAAUAAGUUGUUAGAGCAAAAAAAUGACGAAAAUUAUAAACCUGAGCCACCGCCAGAACUAGAAGAUUGGAUUCAUUUGAAUAAAAAGUCAAGUGCACGUUUGAGAAAUGGAAACAGGUGCGGAAAUUUCUAAUUGUUGCAAUUAUUGUUAGGUUUUUGUUAAACAUGUCUCCAUUAAAGUUUAAUUAAUUUAA